AGAUCACAAAAUGGAGGUUGUCAAGGAAAAUUUAGGUUUAAUAUUAUUUCUCACAAUAUUCGUUUUAAUAUAUAUGUAUUACAAAAAUGCCUACAAAUACUGGAAAAACAUGGGAGUGCCCCAGCUUGAUCCGGAGUUUCCUUUUGGAGAUAUGUAUGAUACUAUAUUUAGAAAACAAAAUAUGGGCGAUAAAAUAAAGGAAAUAUAUGACAAAAUGAAAGGACAGAGGUUUGUAGGUCUAUAUUUCUUUAGUCGGAAAGCAUUUUUGCCACUAGAUCCAAUAUUAAUUAAAGAUAUUCUAAAUAAGGAUUUCCAAUACUUUUCCGAUAGGGGAAUUUAUUAUAACGAAAAGAAAGAUCCCCUAAGUGCUCAUUUAUUUUCCAUUGCUGGUACAAAAUGGAAAAACUUAAGAUCGAAACUAACUCCAGCGUACUCACCCGGUAAACUGAAAUACAUGUUUGGAACAAUAGAUAAGUGCGGCCAUACCAUGACAAAAAAGCUUCAAGAAAUCGCCAACGAGAAAGGUGAAGUGGAAAUUAAAGAAAUUCUAGCAAGAUAUACGACCGAUGUAAUAGGUUCGUGUGCAUUUGGACUAGAAUGUCAUUGUAUGACUGAUCCCGAAGCAGAAUUUAGAUUAAUGGGAAAAAGGGCUUUUACUCAAACUAUUGGGGAUGUUUUAAAAAUAGUAGUAAUUCGCAGUUUUCCACCUCUGGCAGGUUUAUUAGGUAUCGGUGUAUUUUCUGGAAACGUAACAGACUUUUUCAACCGAGUUGUAAGAGACACUAUAGAAUUCAGGGAAAAGAAUAAUGUAACAAGACCAGAUUUUCUUCAGUUGUUGAUACAACUAAGACGUAACGGACAACUAGAAGAGGAUGUUGCAGAUGAAUUUAAAAAGCCACCUCCUGGAACAGCUCUUACCAUAGAAGAGGCAGCAGCCCAAGCGUUUAUUUUCUUCCUCGCUGGUUUUGAAACUACUUCAACUACCAUAAGCUUUGCUUUAUAUGAAAUGGCUGUGAAUAAAUCAAUUCAAAACAGAGCUAGGAAAGAAGUGGAUGAGCUAAUGGAGAAAUACAAGGAUUUAUCGUAUGAAUCUAUCAUGGAGAUGACUUAUUUGGAUACAAUAAUAUUUGAAACAAUGAGGAAAUAUCCCCCAGCACCUGUAUUUCUUAGAAAAUGCACAAAAGCAUAUCCAGUACCAAACAGUAAUAUAGUCAUAGAGAAAGGUUUAUCGGUACUUAUACCGUGUUACGGCCUACACAGAGAUCCAGAGUAUUUUCCAGAACCUGAACUGUUCGAUCCAGACCGAUUUUCAGAAGAAAAUAAGUCGAAGAUAUGGGAAGGUACAUACAUACCUUUCGGUGACGGCCCUAGAAAUUGUAUUGGCAUGAGGUUUGCAAUGAUUCAGGCAAAAAUAGCUCUAUCCCUAACUUUGAGAAACUUCUUCUUUGAACUUAGUGAAAAGACGAAAUUACCGUUGAAAAUGGAAACAAAAGGAAUUAUUUUAACACCUAUAGGUGGAUUAUGGUUAAAAUUAAAACCAAGAGACUAUAAAACAAACUAA